CAAGAAAAGAGGAGGUGAUUAAGGCCAUUGAUGAUGUUAGGACGAAGUUGGAAAGCCUGUAGAGAUUGGUCGACUGGCUUUCCAAACGGAGCUUAAUGUGGUUUUGAGUAUGGUUUGGGGUGGGACACUUGAAGCUACCCGGCAAAGUACAUUAGGAGCUGAUUUUCAGGGUGGUGUUUGGGAAAAUGUUGAAUCUUCUUGGAAAGCCAAACGUAUCCGACUUAUUCCCAAUUCUUCGCAGGUUUGAUUUACAGGGACCUGAGAAAGAAGCCGAGGCACUUCUACAACAAAUUGAUAGGAUUUUUGAUGCAGUGUUUAAUGAAAGAAUGAAGAUGGUAGAGGAUGAAACGAAAAUCGGUGGAAGGAAAAAGGACUUUGUUCAACUCCUCCUUGAGCGUAAGAAGCUGGACCAUACAGACGGGAAGAAAUUUCCAUGUUGCAGAGAAAAGCCAUUUUACUUGGCAUCGUGAUGGGAGGGACAGACACUACAGCCAAGAUGACAGAAUGGGCGAUGACAGAACUCGUGCAUCAAAGGGAAGUCCUGGAAAAGGUCCAGAAAGAACUUGAAGAUGUGGUAGGUUUGAACAACAUUGUUGAAGAAUCCCAUCUGCCAAAAUUGCAUUAUUUGGAAGCCGUAGUGAAGGAAACUCUGCGCUUGCAUCCUGCUAUUCCUCCGCUUAUCCCAAGGCGGCCGAGCGAAUCCUACGUUGUAAGCGGAUACAAUAUCCUGAAGGAUACUGGGAUAUUCAUCAAUGCCUGGGCUAUACAUAGAGAUCCUGAGCUCUGGGAUGAUCCUUUACAGUUCAAGCUAGAAAGAUUUCUGAUUUAA